AUGAAUAUUAACAGCAAUAGCAAACCUACACUAUAAGAAUAUUUGGAUAAAUUAAAGCAAAUUCAGGAUGCUAAUAAUCGUAGAUUAAGUUAGGCAAAAUCCUAAUCAAAUACCUCAAAAAUCAUGACCCCAAAACCUGUCUCAUAAUUAAAAUAGCAGACCAAAUCAUCUACGGAUCGUUCUCAUUCAACACAUAAACUACUGCCUUUUUUUUAAAAUAAGAAAGUAUCAGGUUCAAAAAGAUAAACAAGCCAAGCAGAUGAACCUAAAAUGCCAAUUUCAAGUUAAGGAAUUACAAAGACAGUAGAAGCAUUAUCUCCAAGAACUACAGAAUUGUAAGACAUUAAAAAAUAAUUAAACCAAUGGUUUAUAAAGGAAAGCAAAAAUAAUAAUACUGGAGGUUGUCUUUAACUUUUGGAACCAACACUUGUUCAUAACAUACGUAAGCCUAAAAAUUAUUUUAGUUAAAUUACCUCCGAGAUAAAAGAUAAAUCCAGAACUUCGAGCAUCUUUAACAUCCAAAGAUAUCUCGGAUAAUUCAGCUUUGCAUUAUGCAGCAAAGUAUGGAAACGCUUAAUUAACUUCUGCCUUAAUAUUUAAAUAGAUUCCUAUUGAUUUGCCUAAUAAGGAAUUUAUGACUCCUCUUAUUUUAGCAGCCAUUCAGUAAGAAUCAUCGUGUAAUUUAGCGGUUAAGAAGAAGUUUUUAUGAUUCUUAUGAAUGCUGGAGCAGAUAUCAAUUUUCAAGAUUCUGUGGGCAAUACAUGUUUACAUUAUUCAUGCAAAAAUGAGUAAAAAUAAAUAGUGGAAUUACUUUUGAAAAGAUAAUCAAUAAAAUUUAAGUAUAACAAGGAAAAUAAAACUCCAGAUUUUUAUGCUGUUAAUGAAGAGAUUUAAUAAUUAUUUAGAAAUUAUAAUGAAGAUUGUAAAAAACAAUGUAAGACUUUUGUAUGAUUUUAGAGUAAAAAAUGAAUAUGGUCUAAAUAUAAAACACAUAGAAUGAUGUAAUUUUGAAAAUGUUUUAGAAUAAAAGGGGCUAAUUAAAUUCUUAGUUAUAACAACAAUAAUAAAUAACUUUAGCUUCUGCUUAAACUCCUAUUCAAAUAGCUAGUUAUUCCUGUAAAAAUUUAACAAAUGUUAAUAAGUAAUCAUCCUCUCCUAACAAUCGUACCCAACAAGAGAUAAAGUAAGAAAGAUUUAAUAAAAUCAAUUCAACUCAUUCAUCAAAAUAAUAAUUAACAACAACAAUUUCAACCAACUCAGAUUCAAUUAAAAACAAGGAAGAUGAUAAAAUAGGUCCUUAAUAAUUUUAAGUUAUUGGUUUGAUUGGCAAGGGCAGUUUUGGAGAAGUUUAUUUAGUCUAAAAAAGUAAUCAGUUAUAUGCAAUGAAAGUACUUCAUAAAAAUAGGAUAAUGAGUAAAAUUAAAAUAUUAUGUUAGAACAAAACUUGACUCGAUAUGCUUUAACUGAAAGAAAUGUAUUAUCGAUAACGUCCCAUCCAUUUAUUGUGAAACUUAGGUUUGCAUUUUAAACAUAAGAUAAAUUGUUUAUGAUACUAGAUUAUUGCCCUGGAGGAGAUUUGGGAGAAGUCUUAUAAAAGUAAAAGAGACUUCCAGAAAACAUAGUUAAAAACUAUUUGUGUGAAAUAGUUCUAGCCUUAGAGGACCUACAUAAAAGAGAUAUAAUUUUUAGAGAUUUAAAACCUGAUAAUAUAGUAUUAGAUAGUGAAGGGCAUGCCUUAUUAACAGAUUUUGGACUCUCAAAAGAAGGUAUUUUAGAACCAAGCACAGGAGCAAGAUCAUUUUGUGGAUCUGUUGCUUAUCUCGCACCGGAGAUGCUGAAAAGAUGUGGACAUGGAAAAGCUGUAGAUUGGUAUUUAUUGGGUGUUGUAAUGUAUGAACUUUUGGUUGGGUUACCACCUUAUUAUGCUAAUAAUAGGGAGGAGUUAUUCUAUAACAUAGAAAACGCAUCACUAAAAAUACCUUCUUACAUUUCACACGAAGCUAGAAAUCUGUUAAAAGCAGUAACCAUUCUUUAAUAUUUAGUUAUUACAAAGAAAUCCUGCUAAACGUUUAGGAUCUGGGAAAGGAGACUCAGAAGAAAUAAAAGCUCAUCAAUACUUUUAGGAUGUUGAUUGGGAUGUUGUUUAUAAUAGAGAAUUGCCUUUGCCAAAACCAAAUAGAAAAAUUCGAAUAAAUACUCACAUUGAUGGAAACGUAUUUGAUAUGCAAAGUAUUGUUGAUGAACCUAAAGCUCAUUUGGGAGGAUGGACUUUUGUUAGUAAUGAUAAGUUAUGA